UCUUUUUUUUUUUCAAGAGACUCAUUUCUAAAUAUUUUCCUCUUUGUUCUCACAUUGUACAAUGUGUUUUGUUUUUUUCUGAAACAGGCCAAAAUCAGCACACACAGCACCUACACAUUUCCUUCUCUUGAAAGCACCGACCACACAUCUGUCCCAGUCAAAGUCAAGUGGUGCCUUACCAGAAUCCAUCAACCUUCUUGCAGUAAAACCUAAAUCAAAAGCCGUAGAGCACGUCCUAUUCGCUAAAGGCAGCAGCUACACUUGUAUGUUUUUAUGCACUUAUGCAGGACUUUUUUCAUAUCUGCCCAGUGACUGAAAUUUAAAUUGGCAAGUGAAUUCUUUAUCCCAUCAAACACGACUGAAUUCCACGUCGUGGAGCACACCUAGCUGUCAUCCAUCCAUACUUGUCAUACACGCGCCAUCAGUGCAGCCCCUCCCCUACUUUUUCCACCUGUUUUAAAAGGGCACUGGUGGUAUGUUGGAAGCUUCUAUUAACUGUUCUCUCACUGAUCUAUGUAUCAUUUUUAAAACUUGUCACAGUAUUAACGAUACGCUUUUCUUAUCGCGAAAAAUAAAGGCUCGUCUUUUGCUGUAAUAUUGGACUUUUCUUUCCUUAAAUUUACUAUAAUUAACUCAGUAUUUUAAUGUCUCAUAUUCUAAAAAGUGAAUUUUUUUUUGCUUUGUUUCUAAUAGGUGCAAUACAGAAAAGGUUAUAAUUUCCUGGAAUUGGGGGCGUUACUUUUUGACCAGCGCUUAUUUGAAAUAUUGCUGUUUUUAUAGUGAUUUUUUUCAGGUGGAUUCUUAUUAUAAAGCUGUGGGCGUACCUGACAUCACCACGUGACCUUAUUUAAACCAAUCAGGCGCCGGCAAACUACGCGUAAUCGGUCGCCAGAUUAUGGUGCGACAGGGUUGGAGUGAGGUGGCGACUGACAGCAGCAGACCCAGGGCAACAAGGAUAACUCUUUAGUGUGUCGUUUUCGACCGAGACGCGACUCCUUUACUUCGAGGAGGUGCUACUUUCAUUGACGAGGUCCUGUGCUUACUGGAGCUGCCAUGUCGGCGAAAGCCAUCUCAGAGCAGACGGGAAAAGAGUUCUUGUAUAAGCAUAUCUGCACCUCCGCGGCCGUGCAGAACCGCUUCCGCUACGCCAGUGUCACCGCUGAGACCGACUGGGACCGCCUCACACAGGAUCAUCCAUGGCUGCUGACGGAGCGGCUGGUGGUAAAGCCAGAUCAACUAAUCAAACGGCGUGGGAAGCUCGGACUGGUGGGCCUCGACCUUGACCUGCAGGGUGUCCGAGAGUGGUUUAAAGCCCGCGUCAUGAAAGAGACCACUGUUGGAAAGGCAAGGGGUGUGCUGAAGAACUUCCUCAUUGAGCCGUUUGUUCAACACCCACAGGAGGAGGAGUUUUACGUGUGUAUUUAUGCCACGCGUGAAGGCGACUAUGUGCUUUUCCACCACGAGGGAGGAGUGGAGGUGGGUGAUGUGGACGCCAAGGCCCAGAGGCUGUUGGUUGCAGUGGAUGAGAAGCUGAGUGAGAAGCAAGUCAAGGAGAAGCUCCUCGCUCACGUUCCUGAUGAAAAGAAAGAAGUCUUGGCCAGUUUUAUAGUUGGCCUCUUCAACUUAUACGAGGACCUCUACUUCACCUAUCUUGAGAUCAACCCUAUCGUCGUCACCAAAGAUGGAGUGUACGUUCUCGACAUGGCAGCCAAGAUUGAUGCCACAGCAGAUUACAUCUGCAAGGCUAAAUGGGGUGAUGUGGAGUUUCCACCGCCCUUUGGCAGAGAAGCAUAUCCUGAGGAGGCAUACAUAGCUGAUCUGGAUGCAAAGAGCGGUGCCAGUCUGAAGCUGACCCUGCUGAACCCUCGUGGCAGGAUCUGGACCAUGGUGGCUGGAGGAGGGGCUUCAGUAGUCUACAGCGACACCAUCUGUGACCUUGGCGGGGUGGAUGAACUGGCAAACUAUGGCGAGUACUCUGGCGCACCCAGCGAACAGCAGACCUACGACUACGCUAAAACCAUCCUCUCUCUGAUGACACGGGAGAAACAUACACAAGGGAAAGUGCUGAUCAUCGGAGGAAGUAUUGCCAACUUCACCAAUGUAGCAGCCACAUUCAAGGGUAUUGUCAGGGCCAUCAAAGACUACCAAGGUCCUCUGAAGGAGCACGAGGUCACAAUCUUUGUUCGACGUGGCGGGCCCAACUACCAGGAGGGGCUGAGGGUCAUGGGUGAAGUAGGGAAGACCACAGGUAUCCCUAUCCACGUGUUUGGUACCGAGACUCAUAUGACGGCCAUUGUUGGAAUGGCUCUGGGUCACCGGCCAAUCCCUAACCAGCCCCCGAUGGACGCACACACGGCCAACUUCCUCCUCAACGCCAGCAACAGCGCAGUGACUCCAGCUACAACGAGGACCGCUUCAUUCUCCGAACCCAGGACGUCUAGCGAGGUCAACCCGGCCAAAAAGUCUAAAGCAGAUCUUCCAGCAGACUCUCUUCAUUCUAUACUGUGGCCUCUGAAGAAUAUGGUCACAGGCGAUUGGAAAGAAGCGCAAGCCUCUUCAGGCUGCAGCGGAGCCAAACCCACUACACUCUUCAGAAAGCAGACCAAGGCCAUAGUCUGGGGCAUGCAGACACGUGCCGUGCAAGGCAUGCUGGACUUCGACUACGUAUGCUCCCGGGACGAACCCUCUGUGGCAGCCAUGGUCUACCCCUUCACUGGGGAUCACAAGCAGAAGUUUUACUGGGGCCACAAAGAGAUCCUGCUGCCGGUCUAUAAGAACAUGGCCGAUGCCAUGAAGAAGCACCCCGAGGUGGACGUCCUGAUUAGCUUUGCGUCACUGCGCUCGGCCUUCGACAGCACUAUGGAGACCAUGCAGUUCCCACAGAUCCACACCAUCGCCAUCAUAGCUGAGGGCAUUCCUGAGGCUCAGACGAGGAAGAUAAUCAAGAAGGCCGAUGAGAAAGGUGUCACUAUCAUCGGCCCCGCUACGGUUGGUGGCAUCAAGCCUGGCUGUUUUAAGAUCGGCAACACAGGUGGCAUGCUGGACAACAUCCUGGCUUCCAAACUUUAUCGCCCUGGCAGCGUGGCCUAUGUGUCGCGCUCCGGGGGCAUGUCCAACGAGCUGAACAACAUAGUCUCCCGCACAACAGACGGCGUCUAUGAAGGUGUUGCCAUCGGAGGAGACAGAUACCCAGGCUCCACCUUCAUGGACCACGUCCUACGUUACCAGGACACUCCAGGCGUUGAGAUGAUAAUAGUGCUGGGAGAGGUUGGAGGCACAGAGGAGUACAAGAUCUGCCAAGGCAUCGGAGAAGGCAGGAUAACCAAGCCUGUGGUGUGCUGGUGUAUUGGAACCUGCGCCACCAUGUUCACUUCAGAGGUUCAGUUUGGCCAUGCAGGGGCCUGUGCCAACCAGGCUUCAGAAACAGCAGUAGCCAAGAACCAGGCUCUGAGGGACGCUGGCGCUUAUGUACCAAAGAGCUUUGAUGAGCUGGGGGAUGUCAUCAAGACUGUUUAUGAUGAGCUGGUGGCCAAUGGUACCAUCAUUCCUGCCCAGGAGGUGCCUCCCCCAACAGUGCCUAUGGAUUACUCUUGGGCCAGGGAGUUGGGUCUGAUCCGUAAGCCGGCCUCAUUCAUGACGAGCAUCUGUGACGAGCGAGGCCAGGAGCUCAUCUACGCCGGCAUGCCCAUCACUGAGGUCUUUAAGGAGGAGAUGGGUUUAGGAGGAGUGCUGGGCUUGCUUUGGUUCCAACGCAGGUUGCCACGAUAUGCCUGCCAGUUCAUCGAGAUGUGCCUGAUGGUGACUGCUGAUCACGGGCCUGCCGUCUCUGGUGCACACAACACCAUCGUCUGUACUCGUGCUGGCAAGGACCUGAUCUCAUGCCUCACCUCCGGCCUGCUCACCAUCGGGGACCGUUUUGGAGGUGCUCUGGAUGCGGCUGCAAAGCUGUUCAGUAAGGCAUUCGACAGCGGCAUGCUGCCCAUGGAGUUUGUCAAUAAGAUGAAGAAGGACGGCAAGCUGAUCAUGGGCAUCGGACACAGAGUCAAAUCAAUCAACAACCCAGACAUGCGGGUGCAGAUUCUGAAGGACUUUGUUAAGCAGUAUUUCCCGUCCACCCAGCUACUCGACUACGCCCUAGACGUAGAGAAGAUCACCACCUCCAAGAAACCAAACCUGAUCCUCAACGUAGACGGUUUUAUUGGUGUUGCCUUUGUGGACCUGCUGAGGACGUGCGGUGGCUUCACACGAGACGAGGCUGACGAGUUCGUGGAGAUCGGUGCACUAAAUGGGAUCUUUGUCCUUGGACGUAGUAUGGGCUUCAUUGGACAUUACCUGGACCAGAAGAGGCUGAAACAGGGUUUGUACCGCCACCCCUGGGAUGACAUCUCCUAUGUGCUUCCUGAACAUAUGUCCAUGUAAUCCCCACAUUACAGAAUAGAACACGUUUCCAGAUGUGACUGCCCAAAUGAGUCAGAAAGCAUUAAACAUCUCACUUAAUGUAUAUUUACUCUCCGGGUACGACAACAGUGGCCUUGGGGAAACUUUGCAGGGUGAUUCUGGGAAAUGGAAAAAGCUUUUACUGAGAAAAAGGGGAAGUAUAUUUGUAGAUUUUAGUUUUUGAAAAAUAAUUUAAACUCACUGAGCUGUAACUUACUCAGUUUUGACCACAGACCCAAACCAAUGCAAACUACAGCAGUUGCAAAAGCACAAAUCAAUUGAUACUUUAAAUGGGCAGGACUCAAAGCACAUUUCAACCUGGACUCCUGCAUUACGGAAUCUUACAAAAUUUGCUCAAACUCAACAAUACAUUAAAAUGUUUUUGUUUUUUUAUACUACUCAAAACAAAUGUAUCAGCAUUUACCUGUUUUAGGCCACAACAAGUGUGCUUAAGUAUGCUUUCUGAGUCUUGCACCUUAGUUUAUACACAACGAAAUGUCAGUUUUAAAUUUAUUUUCCAAGAUUCACUCCUAUUGAGGAAGAUUGUUGUCAUCACAAGAUGAACCAAAGUUAUGUUUAGGAAUUUGUCAUCUGUUUUAAGUGUGAAAAUACAGAAUUGGUCCAAUUGUUAAAAAAACCCAGAUUAAACGAACAUGUGCUUUUCCCAGAACAACCACACUAGUGGUUGAAAUUGAUCAGCUAUUGUACAUUAGAUGCAAUUUUGAGGGGUUCAGGUCUCUCACAAAGUAUAAAUUGAACUACUUUUGUAAAAUGUAGAUUUAUCAAAAGGGGAAAAACUAAAUGUUUCAUUAAUGAGCACUUUGUGUCUUUGAAAGCAUCUUUUGGUGAGGGACCAUGAAAACCAUUUCACUUAUGGAAAUGAUUGCACAUAAUACAGCUCUGUAAAAGAAUUGUCCAACUUUAACUAAAGACUUCACACCAACAUAAAAACGCUUUGUAACCACCCACUGUACGGCCUGCUGUUUGACCUUUUUAUUUAACUGUGAAAAAAAUGCUUUGUUUUUUGUAAUAUGCUGCAAAUGGUAGUAUAAUAAAGGACUUGUUUUA